AUGACCGUGAUGAACGGCACCGGGUCUCUCCCAGGAGCGCAUGCCCUCGACAAUGCGAGACCUCUCAAGGUCAUUGUCAUCGGCGCAGGCAUAUCGGGCAUCUUGAACGGCAUCAAACUUCCACGGGCAGUUCAGAACCUCGACCUUGUCAUAUACGACAAGAACGAAGGUCUUGGCGGCACUUGGCUGGAGAACAGAUACCCAGGGGUAGCAUGUGACAUACCCUCCCACGCAUAUCAACUUUCGUGGGACUUCAAUCACGCGUGGUCGACAUUCUACGCGUCAGGCUCUGAGAUCCUUCGUUACUGGCAGCGUGUGGCAGAGAAAUACAAUGUGCUCAAGUACAUGCGGUUCUCUCACAAGGUGCUCAAGGCGAGCUGGGACGAUGCUACGGCCAAGUGGAGGGUCAUUGUCCAGGAUACAGACAACGGGGGUCAGAAGACGGACGAGGCGGAUGUGUUGAUCAGUGCGGUUGGCAUACUGAAUCAAUGGGAUUGGCCCUCAAUCCCGGGUCUGCAGGAUUUCAAGGGCAAAUUGAUGCAUAGUGCAGCUUGGGACCCAAAUUUUCAGAUUGAGGACAAAGUUGUUGCUGUCAUUGGUGCUGGUUCCAGCGGCAUCCAGAUUGUCCCCAACAUCAGACCAAAAGUGCGCCAGUUGCACCACUACGUUCGAGGUCGGACAUGGAUCGCGACGCCUAUGGGCUUGGAUCAGAUUAUCAAGCGAGGCGUCGAAGGAGAGAACUUUGACUACGAGGCUGAUGAGAUCAAAGGGUGGCAAGACAAUCGGGAGUCCUACCUCGACUACAGGAAAGCCAUUGAGAAGUCCGUUCAAAGUGGAUCUCAAGUGGUGCUACGUGGAUCAGAGGUUCAAGCCAUGGCGAGGCAGAUCUUCUCCGACCUCAUGGCGAAACGACUGUCCAAGAAGCCGGAGCUGCUGCAACACUUCUUGCCUUCCUUCUCACCGCUGUGCAAGCGGAUCACACCCGGCCCGGGAUACCUUGAGGCGCUUACAGAGGACAAUGUCGAGGUCAUCGUUGACCCGAUCGAGAGAGUCAAUGAGACCGGCAUCGUGACCAAAUGUGGCAAGCAGCGUGAUGUCGACGCCAUCAUCUGCGCCACCGGCUUCAACACCCAUUUCGACUCUCUGCCAAUCUACGGCCGCACUGGUGCACAGCUUUUCGCAGAGAACGCGGCUGGUCCGAGAACGGCGAACUACCUAGGCCUAGCGGUGAACGACUUUGCCAACAUGUUCAUGCUCUUAGGUCCCAACUCUGGCCUAGGACACGGAAACCUGCUCAUAACCAUAGAGCGGUUUGUGGACUAUACAGCGCAAGCACUGCAGAAGAUGCAGCUCGAAAAUAUCCGCACAAUGCAGCCAUCCGUCCGCUCAGUGAAGAACUUUACCGCCUUCUGCGAUACGUAUUUUCAACGUACCGUUUACAGCGAGGAGUGUUCCUCGUGGUACAAGACCGACGGCAGGAUCACAGGCCUAUGGCCUGGGUCGAGUUUGCAUGCGGUGAAGGCGCUCGAGAAGCCGAGAUGGGAAGACUGGGAGUACACUUAUCAUGAUGACGAUGAGAUGGGCUGGUUGGGCGAUGGAUCGGCGAGAGCAGAUUGGGAUGCUGAUGCGGAUAAGGGCUAUUACUUGACAUCGCUUGAGGGUAUUACUGACGAUCGUCUGAUGUGA